GGGAUACAGUGGGGGGAGGUUUGAUAGGACAGCAUUCCUAACCUCCUGUUAGGAGCCUCCUGUCAGAGUGCAGAGCACAACUCCUCUGAGGAGAUUCUGUUUGGUCCAAGAGGAGAGCUGCCCUGUGUAGGCUAGCCCCACCACUCUGGUUUGCCUUGAACCCUUCCCCAGACACACCGUUCUGCUGUUUCCGGAUCAGCUGUUGACAGCCAGACCCACAUCAACCCACCAGCCAGCCACGCCGUGCUGCUGCUCCAGGACCAGCUGUUGACAGCCAGACCCACAUCAACCCACCAGCCAGCCACGCCGUGCUGCUGCUCCCGGACCAGCUGUUGACAGCCAGACCCACAUCAACCCACCAGCCAGCCACGCCGCUGUCCACUGGACGGGCAGCCCGAGUGGUGCCCCUCUUUCUCUUCCUAUCUUUGUCUUUGCUCUCCUCAUCUUUCUAUUUCUCGCACUUUCCUCUCUCUCUCUCUCUCUCUCUCUGUCUCCAGAGAUGAAGAUGGAGUCCACUACCACCACAUACAACCAGUCAAUGACACCCCUCCUGUUUAACUUGUCGUCAACAAACAGCUGUGCUCCUGUGGACAACACAGUGGAGAACAUGGUGUUCGGAGGUUACUACAUACUGGUCUUCCUGCUGGCGCUCAACGGCAAUGCCCUAGCCCUGUGGGUGUUCUCCCGGCAGCGCGGCACGUCCUCCCCGGCCAACGUCUUCCUGCUUCACCUGGCCGUGGCUGACCUGUCCUACGUCAUCAUUCUGCCGCUCCGGGCCACCUACCACCUGACCGGCGGCCACUGGCCGUUCGGCGAGGUUCCGUGCCGCCUGGCCGGGUUCCUGUUCUAUGUCAACAUGUACGCCAGUCUGUACUUCCUGGCGUGCGUGGCGGGGGACCGCUACCUCGCCGUGGUACACGCUGUCAGGUCGUUGAAAGUACGCCGCGCCCGCACUGCCCACAUCGUCAGCUUGCUGCUGUGGGCUUUGGUCGUCAUCUCAAUGGCGCCCCUGCUGGUCACUCGGCAGACUGCGAAGGUGGAGGGGAUGACUGUGUGCCUGCAGCUGUACCGGGAAAAGGCCUCUCGGAAGGCCCUCAUCUCUCUAGCCGUCGCCUUCACCCCGCCGUUCCUCUCCACUCUGUCCUGCUACCUGCUCAUCAUCCACAGCCUAAGGAGGGGCUCCCGGCUGGAGCCGCAGCUCAAACUGCGCGCCCUGCGGACCAUUGGGCUGGUCAUGCUGAUCUAUGUGGUGUGCUUCUUGCCGUACCACGCCUCCAGAGCCACCUUCAUCCUGGGGUACGCUCACCCUGACGUCUCCUGCCAGACCAGACGGGGUCUCUCCCUCGCCAACCGUUUCACCUCCUCCCUCACCUGUCUUAACGGCGCCCUGGACCCUCUGGUCUACCUGUUUGGAGCGGAGAAGUUCCGAGGCACGGUGAAGAGGCUGUUUUGCCGGGACAAGGCUGGGGGAUCUGGUGCCACCAGUGGAGUGGAGCUGAAGGGAACCCACGAAAGCUCAAUCAGCGCCAAGUCAGAGUUCUGAGGGAAAUUUAAGUUCAGAAAAACGAAUGCGUUUGCGGUUUCUUAGAAAUUGGAACUUGUUUUCAGCAAACGGGACAUGCUUUAUUGAGAUUCUGAACCAUGAACUUCUAAGGCAGGAACUAUUAUUAUUUUUCCUCAUAGACAAUGUAUUUCAUUAAAUGGAAAUGUAUGACUUUUUUCUAAUCAGCCAAUUAGGUAAACGUCUCUGAUUACUAAAUUAUUUGUGUUUCGUUUUGUAAACUUGCAGAUAUAUUGUUCGAGACGCCACCUUCCGAGGUAGUUUGAGCCACGGUUCGAACAAGCACCUCCUAGGGUUUGCAAGUGUGAAGGCAAUUUGGAACUGUUAUCAAGUUUCUGUGACGUGCGCACGCAUAUUGCUCUAUUUUUUCCUGCGAUUGACUGCGACAAUCCUGCGUGGUACUCUUCGAACAGUAUGAAUUAAAACUCUGUGGAAAUUAUUAUGGCAACCAAGAUAAGUCUGUCUUAUUUUCUCUCACGUAAUGUAAACUCAGGCUGAUGAGUCACCUGGGAGACGGCUUCCAACUGAUGUCUUCGUAUUUCCAAUUUCAAUUAAUUACUUAUAUCAACUUAUAAUCAACUGGAAGUAGAGAUGAGAAUCGAUGGGUAACAAUUUUGUUGUUAUUCUGUCCAAUAUUUCACAAGAACACAAAAAACCUUUUAGCUCCUCAGUAUGGCUUUGACCAUUAUUGUUAGUAGACCUUGUUUCCGGGUCUUCUCAAUCUUAAAAUAACUAUUUUGAAUAAUUCCUAUUAUGCUUCAGACAAGUAUAUUCAUUUAAUGUCUAUAAUUAUAUCACAAUCUUAUCUCCCAAAUUAAAGGCCUUCCAAUAAUGUUGGCUAAUAAACAUAUUUUUCAUCGUAUACCAAAAAUGUGUCAUUUCAAAAGUAGAUAGAGGCUAAAUAUCUUGCCAUCUAGCUAAACACUCUGCAUUGUUUGACAAUGAAGUAAGCUGUCUGUUUUCAAAUGUAUGUGAUUGUAAUUUAGUUUAUAAGUCUCUUUGUUAUAUUUGUUUCUAUUUGAUGCAUUAUAAGCUGAAUGUGUUCUCUGAUAUAUUACAACUUUGUUUCGCAUUAGGGGAGUUUUUUGGGCAUAAGAUUCUAAGAGCAGUGAUCACAUUCUGUGCGCUUUAAUCAACUGCUCUGACAUAAAAUGUCAUAUUUAUGUAGCUUUAUGUUUGCAUCUUAAAUUAAUAAACUGGUAGAUACA